GCUCCUCCUCCUCCUUCUCCUCCUCCUCCUCCUUCUCCACCUCUGCCUCCAAGCCAGGCAGGCAGGCAGGCAGGCAGCGCAGCCCCUCUCGGCCCUGCCUUGCUCCGGUGCGGCCGGCGGGCGGGCGGGCGGGCGAGCGAGGCCGCGGUUGCCGGGAGACCCUCCUCCUCCUCCUCCUCCUCCGCGCAGCGUCCCCCGGUCCCUUCCCCGCCAUGCCGCUGCUCUUCCUGGAGCGCUUCCCGUGGCCCAGCCUGCGCGUCUACGCGGCGCUCAGCGCCCUGGCCCUGCUGGGCUGCCUGCUCAGCGCCUACAGCGCCCUCCGCCAGGCCGGGACCCCCGGGACGGAGCCCGGCCCGCCGCCCGACGGGGGAGCGCCGGCCCUCGAACCGCCGCCGCCGCUGCAGUUGCCGCCGGGCCACGGCCCCGCCGCGCUGGACCUCGCCUACUACCUGCUCUCCGACGGCCUCUGCGUCUGGGUGUUGGUAAAUACAGCCAGUUGCAUUCUGAUGCUGAUUGCAAAGCUAAUACAGACCAUUGUUUUUGGUCCUCUCCGUGUUAGUGAAAGGCAGCAUCUCAAGGAUAAAUUUUGGAACUUUAUCUUCUACAAGUUUAUUUUUAUUUUCGGGGUGUUAAAUGUCCAGACCGUGGACGAAGUGGUCAUGUGGUGCCUCUGGUUCUCUGGGCUUGUGUUCUUACAUCUCAUGGUCCAGCUUUGCAAGGACAGGUUUGAAUAUCUCUCUUUUUCGCCCACCACUCCGUUGAACAGCCACAUCCGAGUCCUGACUCUGCUGGUUGUCAUGUUACUUUCCUGCUGUGGCCUGGCAAUGGUGUGUGGCCUCAUUGGCUACACGCAUGGAAUGCACACACUGUCCUUCAUGGCAGCGGAGUCGCUGCUUGUCACUGUAAGAACUGUGCACGUGAUUUUACGUUACAUCAUUCAUCUCUGGGAUCUGAACCACGAAGGCACCUGGGAGAGCAAAGGCACCUAUGUUUAUUACACCGAUUUCAUUAUGGAGCUGAUGCUGCUGUCCUUGGAUUUGAUGCAUCACAUUCACAUGCUGCUGUUUGGCAACAUUUGGCUGUCAAUGGCCAGUCUGGUGAUCUUUAUGCAGCUGCGUUACCUGUUCCAUGAAGUUCAGCGCAGAUUGCGGCGCCAUAAGAAUUACCUGCGGGUGGUUGGGAACAUGGAAGCAAGGUUUGCAGUGGCAACUCCUGAAGAAUUGGCCUCCAACAACGAUGACUGUGCCAUUUGCUGGGAUUCCAUGCAGGCCGCCCGGAAGCUCCCUUGCGGCCACCUCUUCCAUAACUCAUGCCUGCGCUCCUGGCUCGAACAAGACACUUCCUGCCCUACCUGUAGGAUGUCACUGAACAUUGCAGACAACCAGCAAGCCCCAGAAGAUCACCCCAGAGAGAACCUGGAUGGAAACUUGCCCCCUGUGGCAGCAGCCGAAGGAAGACCUCAUCUCAACCAGCACAACCACUUCUUCCACUUUGACGGGUCUCGCAUCGCUAGCUGGCUCCCGAGCUUUUCGGUCGAGGUGAUGCAUACCACCAACCUCCUCGGGAUUGCCCAGGCCAGCAACUCUCAACUCAAUGCCAUGGCCCACCAGAUCCAGGAGAUGUUCCCCCAGGUUCCUUACCACCUCAUUCUCCAGGACCUGCAGCUGACCCGCUCCGUGGAAAUAACGACGGACAAUAUUUUAGAGGGACGCAUCCAGGUGCCUUUCCCAACACAGCGUUCUGACAGCAUCCGACCAGCAUUGAACAGUCCUGUCGAAAGGCAGAGUACCAGUCAAGAAGAUGCUGAGGAGGACAUGGAGGUAAUGUGGCAAAAGAAGGGUAUCAUAUUUGACAACUUCUUCAGCCGAGCAAAGCGUCCGGCAAGCCCAAAACCGAUAACUUCUCCAUCGUCACGAAUCUCUUCCUGUUUUUCCAGGCGUUACCUAAACAAAAGCUUCGAUGAUCCCACACCGGAGUUUUCCUCCCCGAUUGAAGACGCCGCCUCCGACUCCAUCACCUUACGACGCAGGAUGUUGGCCACGGCCGCAGAGCGAAGAUUACAGAAACAGCAUCCUUCCUAACGCUUCUGGCCCGCGGUUCCUUCCCCACACGUUAAACCCCGAGACUCUCCCCCUCUCUCCCCCCUGGGAUCUCCCCCCCCCCCCCCCCCCCGCGCCCAAAAAAAACAAACAAACCAUGGCUCUGCUUGACCAGGGAUCAGGUUGGGCCACCUCUAUGCUCUUGACAAAAAAAAAAGCAUGUGAUCGCACAUAAGUGUUUGGACAGCUGACCACUUCACCUUUCCUUGCGGGUUUAUUGAUUCCCCCCCCGUGGGCGUUUUCCUUUCUUUUUUUGGGGGGGGAGGGUAAUUUCUAUACCCAGCCACCCACCCCUCUUCGUGAACUUGCUGUGUGUUGCAAGGCGGGGGGGGAAUGAGGGGGUGUGGGCAUGUUUGUGGACAGUGUGAGUGACAGCCCCUUUCUGAGGGGAUUUCCUUGUGAAGCUCUUUUUGAGGAGGAGUAGAAUAUAAGUGAGAAGUGAAGGGUUAUUUUUUU